AUGGAUUUUCACAUUGAUUUGGCUUUAGCUUUUGGCAUACUAGGUAAUUUCAUUUCCUUCAUGGUGUACUUGGCUCCUACGCCAACAUUUUACAGAAUAUGGAAAGGGAAAUCAACUCAAGGUUUCCAAUGUUUGCCUUACUUGGUGGCUUUAUUCAGUUCCAUGCUUUGGCUAUACUAUGGUUUAAUCAAGACAAAUGCUACAUUCCUCAUUACCAUUAAUGCAUUUGGAUGUGUAGUUGAGAUUAUUUACAUCAUCAUCUACACAAUCUACGCCACCAAAAAUGCCAGGAUCUUAACCCUGAAAAUAUUCGCGGUGAUGAACGUGGCAUCUUCUGUGUUGAUAGUUCUCGUCAUUCAAUUUGCUCUGCAUGGUUCCCUCAAAGUCACAGUCCUUGGAUGGCUUUGUACAACUUUUUCAAUUUGUGUCUUUGCAGCACCUUUAACCAUUGUGGCAAAGGUUAUCAAAACAAAAAGUGUGGAAUUUAUGCCAUUCAAUUUGUCACUUUUUCUCUCAAUAAGUGCUGUAAUUUGGUUUUCUUAUGGUCUCUUCCUCAAAGAUAUAUGCAUUGCGCUUCCAAAUGUGUUGGGUUUCGUACUAGGACUAUUUCAGAUGAUACUAUAUCUUAUAUAUAGGAACAAAGCCACAGCUCCAAGGGAGGAAUUUGAACUAGAGCAAACAAUGACAAACGUUGUUAUAUUGAGUCCAAUGGGAAUUCUAAUGUCAUCUCCAUCUCCACUUAGAGAAAGAGUGAGUAAACAAAAUACAAAUGGUGUAGAAGAGAUGAACAGAAACGUGGAAGUUGUAGUUAAUUCAUGUGAAGUAAUCUCAUCUCCACUUUUUGACAAAGUGAAGAAGGGAAAAGAAGGUGCGGAAGACAAGAACAAGAAGAAGAAAGGCGUGGGAAGUUCUGCAUGA